CCAAGGAGGGAAACGAACUGAAUUUGACAAUUUGAUUUUGCCCCAGAUGUGCGGAUCAUAGGGACGCUGCAGUAGAGACCAGUUGGGAUCCUGACCGCUUCCUGUCGGCUCAGACAGAGCAAGAGAGGGGGGAGAAAAAAAAUCACAAGGCAUUUAAGCCUGCUGGUUGGGUGCCAUUAUCAGCUGUAGGCUUGCACCUAUGUAGGUUGUGCUUUUGCAGAAUGUGAAUCACAACCUUCAGGUAUCUCCGCAGUCUCCUAGACUUCUCCGAAUCGUGACAGUUCCAUUUCUGUCUGCCUCCAGUUCAAGAUUUUGCUUGCGAUAACUCGGCGGCUGCGCUGCCAACAGUGCCGCACGGAGCCAAGCGCUCGUCCGAGUGGAAUGCAUCCUCUGCAGUUAGGAAAAUAAGACUAAAGAAGUUGUAAAUCCCCGAUUUCACAAUGACAGCAACCAAGGAGCAACAUAACCAAAGAGGAAGCCAGCAGCAAGAGCAGGACCUGGGAGGUGGCAGCCCUCCACAGAGGAACUGGAAAGGAAUUGCUAUCGCACUGCUGGUCAUUCUCGUGGUCUGCUCCCUCAUUACCAUGUCGGUCAUACUGCUCACCCCAGAUGACACCUCAAGUGGGAGUGAGACUAAACUUUCUGUGGAAGAUCUUUUUAAACCCGAUUUUGCUGUACAUGACCCUGAAGCAAAAUGGAUAAGCGAUACGGAGGUUGUUUACAGAGACAGGGAUGGUCAUGUCAUCAAAUUGGAUGCAGCAACAAAUGACAAUAUGACUUUACUGGAAAGUAGUACCUUUGUCACUUUCAAAGCUGCAAAAUAUUCAGUGUCCCCAGACUUGAGGUUCGUUCUUCUUGCGUAUGAUGUAAAACAGGUGUACCGACAUUCAUACACAGCAUCAUAUUCUAUUUACAACAUUCUUUCGAGGGAAGUCUUGGAGUUGAACCCUCCAGAGGUCUCUGAUUCUGUGUUACAGCAUGCUGCCUGGGGAGUUCAGGGACAACAACUGAUCUAUAUAUUUGAAAACAACAUCUACUACCAAUCAGAUGUUAAAAGCAAUUCAUUGCGGCUUACGUUAUCUGGAAAAGAAGGAGUCAUUUUCAAUGGAAUUGCAGAUUGGUUGUAUGAGGAGGAAAUCUUGAAGUCCCAUAUUGCCCACUGGUGGUCCCCAGAUGGAGAACGGUUGGCGUUCCUGAUGAUUAAUGACUCCCUGGUAUCUAACAUGGCCCUUCCUCACUUUACGGGCAGCCUUUACCCCAGAGGAAAGCAAUACCCAUACCCUAAGGCUGGACAAACAAACCCUACUGUUAAGCUUUAUGUUGUGAAUCUCUAUGGACCUACGCACACUCAGGAACUGAAACCACCAGACAGCUUCAAAGCCAGAGAAUAUUAUGUGGUGAUGAUGAAAUGGAUCAGCAGCACCAAAACUGCUGUGAGAUGGUUAAAUCGUCUUCAGAACAUUUCGAUCCUUACAGUGUGUGAUACAACUGUGGGAGCCUGUUUGGAGAAACAUGAGGAGAGAUCCGAAGUCUGGCUUUCAAAACAGAACGAAGAACCAGUAUUUUCAAAGGAUGGCAGUAAAUUCUUUUUAACUGUUCCAGUGAAGCAAGGGGGGAGAGGAGAAUUCCAUCACAUUGCAAUGUUUACAGAGCAGUCUAAAACUGGAAAAACCGUUCGUCAUUUAACAUCAGGCAACUGGGAAGUUACCAAAAUACUAGCCUAUGAUGAAAAUAAUCAGACCUUAUAUUUCCUAAGCACUGAAGCUUCAACAAUGUGGAGACAUCUAUACAGUGUUUCUACUACUGACUUAUUUCCUCGUCGCUGCUUGACCUGUGAAUUUAGCAAGACAAACUGUACGUUUGUCAGUGCUGACAUCAGUCCCAAUAAUCAGUAUUUCCUCCUGCACUGCAAAGGUCAUGGGAUACCAACAGUAACUGUACAUCCUCUAAAUAAUCCUAAAAAUAACUACAUAUUGGAGGAUAACACUUUACUGAGAAGAGUGGUAAAAGAAAAAAGAAUUCAAAAGACGGAAUUCAAGGCUGUUUCCAUUGACGGCUUUGAGCUGCCACUGAAAGUAUCCUAUCCAGUUGACUUCUCUGAAUCAAAGCAGUAUGGCUUGCUCUUGAUUGUUGACGGUGCUCCUGGCAGUCAGUCUGUAAAUGACAAGUUUCUCCUGGACUGGGACUCGGUGCUCGUCAGCUCUGAUGGUGUGAUAGUGGCUCGAUUUGAUGGCAGAGGCAGUGGAUUUCAGGGACAGAAGAUUCUGCAGCAGGUUCAUCAGCGCUUAGGCCUUGUUGAGUCCGAGGAUCAACUAGCAGCUCUGGGGUACUUUUUGAAACUACCUUAUAUUGACCCCAACCGGAUUGGGAUAUUUGGAAAGGGUUAUGGUGGAUUUAUUACAUUAAUGAUGCUCAAAUCAUCAGAAAAACAGUUUAAAUGUGCUGUAGCAAUGUCUCCCAUGACAGACUGGAAACUGUACGCCUCAGCCUUUUCAGAGAGAUACAUUGGCAUGCCAUCAAAGGAAGAAAGUAAAUACCAGGCUUCAAGUGUGCUACGUAAUAUCCAGGGAUUAAAAGAACAAAAUCUCAUGUUAAUACAUGGAACUGCAGAUGCCAACAUCCACUUUCAGCAUACAGCAGAACUGAUUAAGCAUUUGAUACGAGCUGGUGCUAACUACACUAUGCAGAUUUAUCCAGACGAAGGACAUUUUGUGUCAGAGAAGAGCAGACAGCACCUCUACCGUACACUCAUCACCCUCUUUCGAGAGUGUCUCAAAGAAGACACACUGCUAUUACCAGAGGAGCCAGAAGAGGAUGAAUAGGUGAAGAGGCCAUUGGAAGGACUUUAUAAUUUAUUUCUGUAAUGACUACUGGAGCCUUGAAGGCUCUGAACCGAGCAUUAGCUAGAAAUGACUGCUGGAGUCAAGGAGCUACUGGGGCUCAAGGACAGACAAAGGAUUUCUCUCAAUGGGACAGCACAGUAAAAGUUAUUCGGCAAACAAUCUGGAUCUCACAGAUCAUGUUCAACUUAAUCUUCUGUUUAGAAAUCUCUUUUUGAAGGGCACCGGUCUGCUUUUCUUCCCAUGAGACUUGAGUUUUACAUACACAAUUAAGUGCAUGAUUAUUUUGUUUAGCCUCAUCACUUUUCCAUGUAAAUAUCUGUUGUUGUAGCACCUUGCAUCAAACAUGUACCAUUUUACCCUUUUGUAUAAAUGCACAAUGAAAUGCUACACCUACCUGUGAUGUCAGAAAUGCAAAUUCAACGUUACUGUGACACUGAAGAAUAAGUGCAAUUCCUUCACAACCCGUUCUCAUGUUCACCCAAUAAAGAUACAGUAUUUUGUAUAAUACUCCAGAGUGUGUACAUAUGUAAAUAUUUUUGAGAUAUGUACCAUCCAAUGGUUCCCACACUCAGACGUAUUUAUCACAGACAUGUACAGUACCUUUCUUUUUCUUAGGAUGUUUUUUGUAAUGCUUGUUCAUUUUUUUCUCUUUUAGUGUUUUAUAAGGGAAGGCAGUUGUGCGUGGCAGUGGAUGUUAUUGUCUUCUGAGGUAUUCUUAUGAAUAAAUAAACCUUACUAACAAUGUGAAAGGAAUGGUGCCA